AUGGACCAAGCCAAGGAACUGCUCGAGAUGCCCCGUGCCUUUCUCAAGGACGGCCGACAAUUUAUUACCCGAUGCUCGAAGCCCGACCGAAGAGAGUUUCUUCGCAUCAGCCAAGCCGUCGGCAUGGGUUUCCUGAUUAUGGGCGUGAUCGGAUACGUGGUCAAGCUUAUCCAUAUCCCUGUCAACAACAUUCUGGUCGGUGGCGCAUGA